UGAUGGCUUCUAUAUAUACCCUCAACACAAGAUGAACCAACCAUACACAUAAAACAUCAUACAUAAGGCAGAUAAAAUGUUUGGAUCUUUGUCAGAAGAAGUUGAAGUGAAGGUGCCAGUAGAAAAAGCAUGGGACCUCUACGGCUCAAUCAAACUUGGCGAUAUCGCGGCUAAACACAUUCUUGAGCGACUCGAUGUCAUUGAAGGUGAUGGUGGCGUUGGUACCGUCAUCAAGAUCACUUUCAAACCUGGGUCCGGGAUUUCGUAUUACAACGAAAAGUACACGAUGAUCGAUAACGAUAACAUGGUGAGAGAAACGGAAAUCGUAGAAGGGGGAUAUCUGGAUUUCGGGUUUACACUAUAUAGAGUUCGCAUUGAGGUGAAGGACAACCCAAAUGACAAGACGGGCUCAUCCAUUGUGAAAAUCACAAUCGAGUACGAGGUUAAGGAAGAGGCUGUGGAUAAUGCGUCACUUGUCACCAUGGAGCCGUUUCUUGUUCUUAUGAAGUUCGCGAAUGAACAUCUCUUAAGUUCUGCUUAGAUUAAAACAAUGUUUUCAUCAUCCAAUGUUUUCAAACAUUAGUAUGGUAGGUUAUUCACCUACGGAUGUAUUACAUUACGACAUAAAUAAAAAGUUUCAUUUCAGUUAAUUAAA